AUGGCCGAAAUCAUUGCUACCGAUAAGAAAGUGUCGGAUAACACUGCUGCCGACAUGAGAAAGGACCUUUCCAUGGACGACCUCAAUGCAGCUGAGCUAGUCAAAGCCGACAAGAAGAACGUUGAUGAGGCUUUUGCGGCUUUCCAAGGCUAUGGAGACAUCGUCGUUGACGAAGCGACCGACAAGCGUCUCCUUCGCAGGAUUGACAAACGUAUCCUGCCCAUCAUGUGUCUGAUUUAUGGAAUGUAUGAUAUGACUCAUAACGAGAUGAUUGGCAGAUGGGAGACUGACAAACCUAGGAACUACCUUGACAAGACCACUCUGUCGUACUCUAGUAUCAUGGGCCUUCAAACCGAUAUCGGCCUUCUUCGUGAUAAUUACCAGUGGCUGGGCUCGAUCUUUUAUUUUGGUUAUUUGGGAUUUGAAUGGCCUACAGUUCGGUUGCUUCAGAGAUUGCCAAUUGCUAAAUACUCUGCCUUCUGUGUCGUUGUCUGGGGAAUCAUCGUGACGCUCUUCGCGGUGGUUCACAAUUUCGCCGGUGCCGCAACCCUUAGGCUUCUUCUUGGUGGCUUUGAAGCUGCCGUCACACCAGGAUGGGCUUUGAUAACAUCACAGUGGUACAAGAAAAGCGAACAGGGCGCAAGAACCUGUCUUUGGUUCAGCUUCAAUGGCUUUGCUCAAAUCCUCGGCGGCGUUGUUGCGUGGGCCCUCGCUGUUGGGGAAGAGAGGAAUUACUACUCGAUCGCCGCUUGGAAGAUUCUAUAUAUCAUCACAGGUCUUCUAACUAUAGCCUUGGGCAUUGUCUUCUGGAUCCUUGUCCCCGAUAACCAGCUCAAGGCUCACUGGCUCAACGAAGAGGAUCGAGUCCUCGCUGUUGCACGUGUCCGAGAAAAUCAACAAGGAAUUGGAAAUAAGCAUUUCAAAACAUACCAAUUCGUUGAGGCACUCAAGGAUCCUUUUUCCUGGGCUAUCGUUGUCCUUAGCCUGGCUGGAAAUAUUCCCAAUGGAGGGAUCUCAAACUUCUUCAGCCUGCUGAUUGUGUCUUUUGGAUACGAUGCCAAGAAAUCUUUACUGCUCGGCACCCCUGCCGGUGCAGUUGAGAUUGUCACACUUCUCCUUACCGGAUGGCUUGGGGAUAGGUACAAGAACCGCUUGUUGAUUUCUCUCGUCGGCGUCGGUCUUGCAACAAUUGGAAGCAUCCUGCUUGUAGCACUCUCGGACGGUGCCAAAGCCGGUAAGCUCAUAGGGUUCUAUCUCACCCUAGCCGCACCAGCAGGUUUCGUCAUUAUCCUGAGUCUGAUUUCGUCCAAUAUCGCGGGAUACACCAAAAAGACCACAACCGCGGCCAUGUUUCUUAUCUCCUACUGCGUUGGCAAUAUUAUUGGACCACAGACCUUCCGUCCAAAAGACGCGCCGCACUACCGACCCGCUAUUAUCACAAUCUUCGUCUGCUAUGCGAUUUGCAUCGUGGAUGUUCUCUUCAUCUGGUGGUGGUUCCGCAGAAUGAAUCAGAAGAAGGCAGCUGUCCGGGCUGACCCUUCCUAUGUCAAAGUAGCGAAUUCUGAGUGGCUUGAUCUGACUGACAGAGAGAAUCCGGAGUUCGUUUAUACACUGUGA